AUGCGCCUCAAGCUGCGGAACCUUCUACAGUUCAUGUGGAACAGGAGGUCCAACAGCGGGCCCCAAUGUGUGCCAUACAUCCGCGACAUCAGACAGCUGCAGAGCGAGGGUUUCUACCGAGUUUAUCUCGGUGAAACCGAGUUUACAGAGGGUCUGAUCACUGGUGACAUCUCCGCGGCAACGGACGCCACUAGCAGCAGACACAGCUGGAGCGUCAUCCACGCGGGAGGUCAGAGAGGAUGGGUUCCAUGGAAUUACAAACUACUGUUCCAUUGUAACGGUGUCUCCUCUCUGCAGCCUUCAGGGGAAAUAUUUGAAGAGUUGUGUGGCAGUUUAAGGGAGAACUACGGGAAAUGUGCAAUAGUGGUGAACAAUCAUAACUGGAGGUCACCAAGGAAAGUUGACGAUUGUAACUUCGCGGGGUACGUUCAUCACCUGCCCGAUGCCCCGGUGGAUCUCAUACCUAUGAGCUGCUGCCCGACGUUGGCGCGCGCGUACGGACACGAGCUUAUUCAAAUCCCGUUCCAGUGCGCGCACCUGUGCCCUCUGAACAGCGCUUGGUCCACGGUGAAGUGGUUUGCGACCAACGACCAUGGGAAGUAUUCGGAGGCCAUUUACGACCGUGACACUCUACAUAAAUACGUCUAUUGGAAUGAGCUGAUGGAGGGAGCUCUGAAGAAGAUGACCAAGAGGAAAUGGGAGGAAGCAUUGUCUCGAGUUAGGACGAAUGAGAAUCAUUACAUACAUGACAAGCAGUGA